AUGGAAAUUAUAUCUGAAUGUUCAUUUGGACGCGAUUGUGAUCCGUGUAAAUGUCAAUACGAUAACAAUUAUAAGGGAUAUACCAUGAAAUGUAUGGGAGAUUCAGACAUCGAUUUGGCAAAAGUAUUUGAGACCUACACUAAGAAUCUGACAGAAACUCAAAAACAUUUCAAAAUGUUUUACUUUAAUAACACAUUCGUUACCGAAAUCGGCGACAACUCAUUCAAAAGCCUGACGUUUGAGUGGAUAAGCAUUGAAGAGGCCAUGAGUUUGGAGAAGAUCUCGAAGAAUGCGUUCAACAAUGAGACCAAUUAUGCGACAAAAUCUAUAAGAAUUCAUUCAAAUACCAAACUCUCAAAUCCUGACAACAGUUUGUUUGAGGCGUUGAGUAAAUUUGUGAACAUUGAAGACAUUGAUGUCUCGUAUAAUAACUUACAGGAAAUACCCGCCAAUGCUUUUAAGCCACUAAAUGGCUAUCAAACCAAACUUAAAGACAUUACAAUUUGCGACACAACUAUUGAAGUAUUGGGCGCUAAAGCCUUUUGGUCGAUACCCGCUCUCAACUCACUUUCCGUUUACGACACGGCUAUCAGUCAUAUACCGGACGACGCGUUUGCCUUUGAAAAGCCUUCAAACAAAACUUUAUAUAUCUUUUUGAAUCUAAACAAAUCACUCAAUAGUUCCAGUUAUUCGCCAAAGAGUUUUGCGGACNACACGGCUAUCAGUCAUAUACCGGACGACGCGUUUGCCUUUGAAAAGCCUUCAAACAAAACUUUAUAUAUCUUUUUGAAUCUAAACAAAUCACUCAAUAGUUCCAGUUAUUCGCCAAAGAGUUUUGCUGACACUCAGCGCCCGACUGAACUAGAGUUGGGACACAAAUACACUCCGAAACAAGUGGAAUAUUUGGAUGAAAAGACAUUCCGGCCAUUCCUGGAGGCAAACAAUGGCAAUAAAAUCAAUUUAGAGGGCGAAGAGUUUGAUUGCGAUGAUUGUCGUACCGGCACAAAUGGCGAGACCAAUGAGUUGUGGCUUAAGACUGGCGAAUUAUCGUUGAGUGUAUUGGAUCGCGACAUACCCACAGUCUUAACCCCACAACUGAUGGCCACACCGUCGGCCAGAGAGUACUCAAUUCCCUUAUUGCCCACAAUAACCAGGUCUUCGCCCGGUGUCACUCCCAUCUCACUUAAGGGUACGGCCCGUAACCUUCCCGGUCUCAUCACAAACGCCGUCCGUAUGAGUCCCAAAUCCAGCGCCGGGUCCACGUAUACCACUUGUGCCACUAUUGGUGGUAAAACACCGACACUGCCGUCCGGUCGCCUCUGA